AUGGCGUCAACAACCCGGCUGCCAAUAAUCGCAGAGGGCAAGCUUACUGCUCAACCCCUAGAAGCCGUUCCUCAGUUUAACUGGGUAUUCCUAGUUGAGCUGAUUGUGUGCGGUAUUCUCACCCUUUUCUUCCUCUUCUAUUUCAAUAGAUUGUUUGCGACGCUACUUUCUUAUGGCCUCCGGGCAUAUACGUGGCAUUACUAUCGUAUCUACAUAGACAUCCACGCCCUCCAGGUAUCGCUCUUAGGUGGAAGGAUAUUUUUCAAGGGUGUGCGAUACCAUGGGGAAAAUGAAACGGUCCUGGUUCAAUCAGGCUAUGUCACUUGGAGAUACUGGCUGCGUUCCGUCCAGGGCAGCCGAUUGACUCAAGAGCGCAGUAGGCAAAAUACCCCCAGCCUGAAUUCUAAGAGGCGGGGAGGAAAAUGCAAGGAGAGCAAUACCAGCGAAAAUGACGGUACUGGAAAUGUCACCCUGCUUCCUUGUCGAAUGGAAAUUAAACUGCAUGGCGUCGAAUGGUUCGUUUAUAAUAGAAGUGCGGCGUAUGAUGCCAUUCUGUCUGGAUUCCAUGACUCCGUCCGAGCCGGGUCGAUGGGUGCUGAAAAUGAAGAUGGUAGGCGGGCGGGCACUGCAUCAAGGGAGGCCAACAUAGUUGCCCCUGACUCCUUUAGAGAAACGGGUGCUGGGUCACAGGUUACUGACCGAAAAGCGCGAAUGAAUUGUGAAAGGAGUUCAGCCUCCCAGUCCGAGUCUGUACCCGACACCGGAAGACCAGCGCUACCUACAUUCAUUUCUUUGCUUCCUAUAUGGGUCAGCUGUCAUAAAGGAGCCCUGAUAGUGGGCAACCAAUAUACCAAAAGCAUUCUAACGUUUACUUUUGGAAAAUGUGCUGGAAAAAUAGAUGCCGCCUCCUCAGGUCCCCUCGAUCUCUACAAACAAUGCUUUGAAUUCGAACUGUUUCACCCGCUUGUACAAAUGAAACCUAAUCCGGACUUCAAGCAAUCUCAACUCUCUGCUUUAAACACUGCUACUGGGGGCCGAAGAACACACCACUUCAAUUGGACCCGUUCCCAUCGUAAGCAAAAAAUCUGGCACAAGCUGCGUGACCUAAUACCAUAUUACCAGAGGUCGGUAGAAUCAUUUCGUAAAGGGACUAAUCGGCCCAAAUCCGCGCGCCCAAUGCCGGAAGAUCUCACAUCAGAGCCCCACUGGCUGGGCCUUACGCGUUAUCUUGACGAGGAAAGUCGCAAUGAGCAUGAAGGCUGGAAUGCUAUUGAAUAUGGGCGCUUUUCGACACUGCUAGACUGUCCUGCUAUCACGUUGAAAUAUCAUUGGGAUAUUCCAGGAACAGUGUCAGGACAGCAGAACCAUCCUGGAUCAUCUGACCGGAGAAUGGCAAAUGACAUUAAUGGAGCAGUACCGCCUGAGUGGGGUAUGCAUUUGAUAGUGAAAGGAGGAAUGAUCAACUACGGCCCCUGGGCGGACCGGGAGCGAGUCAACCUGCAGGCGAUGCUGUUCCCUAACUUUUACCGUGACUCAAGAGCAGCAAGCCACCUCAAUAUUGGAGAAUCGCGGCAAAGCAGUAGUUUUAAUUUCUUGGUUGACUUUGAAAAUGAAACCAAUAUUCGUGUUCCUACAAGGGAAGCCUCCAAAGACUGGAAAUGGAAAAAUAGAUCCCAAGCGACGAACGGCGCUUCGCGCCUAAAGAAGACAAAAGAGAAGAGCCAUCCGCGAGGUAACGACACCGAUAAAGGAGCCCAUGGCCCUGAUAUUCGACCAUUUGGUUGGAUUGCUUUGCAAGUAGGCCACGGGUCGAGAAUCGAAUACCAGAUGGACAUGUUUGCAACCUCAAGUGGCUACCGCAAUACCUUAUUGCUUGAAUUCCAAAGUGCGAAAAUGACCACCAGCGUGAAUCACGCUAUUUUAUGGCAGGCUACCUACCAUAAAAUAUCUUGUGAUUUAUCUAACCCCUUGGAAUGGAACACCAUGCGCACCUGGUCGUUCGACAUCGACAGCCCUGACCUAGACUUGUUUGUUCUCCGGGAACACAUAUUUCUAUUUACUGACCUUGUUAAUGACUGGACUUCGGGGCCAUUUUCCGAAUUUUACACCUUUUUACCAUUUCAAUAUAAUAUUCGUCUCUCGGCUGCCAAUGCCAAACUCUUUUUGAAUGUUAACGAUUCGAAUAUAAUUAAUGACCCUACCGACACUGAUGACAACUCUUUCCUUAUCUUCAAAUCAGAGACUUUAAUUUCUAAUGUAUGCAUUCCAACCGUCAAUUACCGGCCAAAACAGAAUUCUAUUCCAUUCGACCUCAAUCUAAGUCAUACCACCGUGGAGCUUUCAGCUCCCCUGUGGAAUACCCACCGCUCAUUUAUCCAACAGUCCUCUAUAGCUUCCCUAGAUAACCUCGUAAUGACUGGGAACUAUUCAUUUAAUACCCUUUCUUCUUCUACAUUAACAGAUGUUCUCACUCUCGACAUUUUCGGGGCGUCUGCUAGCUUAUAUAUGUAUGGGUUUCUCGUGAACGACCUUCUUAAACUCAAAGAAAAUUACUUUGGUGAACAUGUUCACUUCAAAACACUUGAGGAGUAUCAAGACCUUGCAAAUUCAGACAGCAAAGCCAACCCCACCAUAACCUCGACUAAUUCUAAUGAUCUCGAUGUUAUUAUACACAUUCGUGGAAACAGCUACAAGGUUUUGUUCCCUGGAAACGUUUACGAUACACUAAAUUGCGUGGCCUUUAAAGCUGCCACCCUUGAAACUGAUGUCAGGUUUACCAAUUAUUAUAUGGAUCUUCAAGCUUCAUUUAGCCCUUUGACAGCUUCACUGGAGAUGUUGAAUCCUAGUGCUUCAGUCUCCGAGCCGGACCUAUUCAUAGAUGGAUUGAAUAUAUACGGACACAGGCUAUUCGGAUUACCACCAGCCGAACCGACCUACGUUUGCAACUGGGACUUUGAUGUGGGUCGUAUUGUAGGACAAUUCUCUUCCAACUUUUUGAAAAACAUCAUUUCCGCACUUAGAUCUUUUGCUUAUUCUAUCGAUGACGAGGAAAACUCUUUGCCCCCGCUCUACCCUUUUGUGUUGCAUGAUAUUAUAUUCUUGCGUGCAAGGAUUACUUCUAUCGAAGUCUGGGUGGUAUUGGAUGCAGCUGCAUUACUUUUCAGCUCAGGAACUGUGGAUAUUGAUCUCAAUGACUGGAUAGGCAGGGCUUUUUCAAUGCGCCUCAAUUUAACCAUUCCAGAUAUCACCGCUGCCGUCAUCGACCAAAAUUCAGCCACAAAGCAAGACACUAGACCGACCCACCCCGUUAAGACAUAUUCUAUAUUUGAAACUUCUAUCAAACUGAAAGUCGUGGAACGUAAAGCAGAUAUCUCAACAAAGCUAGCGCUUCAACAACAUCAUAUUAGAGUGCAUGACCAACGCACUCAGAGAACUCCAUGGCUUGUACGGGAAGCUGAAGAACAGGUGGGUAGCCCACUUAAUAUAAGCGAGGGGCAUAGAAUGGCGGCGAUGCCAGUCCCACGUAUGCCGCCCCCUAUCCGAGACAAUUUAACCUCCUCGAGGUCCUCCCUAUCAUCUAUGUCAGUCGGUCCUAACAAAUGCAACUUACCUAAAUAUGAGAACGUGAGCAAAGAAGAAAACAAUACCACGCGCCAGGUCAGAAGCAGUUUUUUAGGAUCAAACUCAACGGGUAUAGACUCUGACGCUCGCUCAAACCGCCCUGCGAGCCAAAUGAGCUCUACUGAUGCAUACCAUGCCAUAUCCAAAGACAAUACAGGCAAAAUAUUGGUAUCUAAUAGUUCGAACUUAACCCUGUGGUCAAUGCCGCAUUUUCCUCUGCAUAGAGUUGCUCUAGAUCGAGGCGAUCUUCCCUCUCCAACCCCUCUUGUUGUACAUGAUAGAGAUGAAAAAUUUGAAAACGACACUCCUGAUUUGAUCCUCAGUGGCAACGACAUCAAAACUAACCAUCUAUUUUUCUCCGUUGGCUUUGUAUCUGGAAUACAUGGCUUUUGUCGGCCAGAAGCUCUUUUCGCAGUAACCUCGCUUCUAGAAAGCAUUCAGCCCAUUCACCCCAUUGAGGUACUAGACGAUCUACAGGCAGCAGUUGUCUCAGAUAUUCUAACCUAUACCAAACGUUUAACAAGCCCGAAAGAAUCCAUGAAUCUGGGCCUUACAUUGCCCAUCUGUCGAAUCAGGUUGAUUAAUACAUUUCCUCAACCCGAGGGACAAGGAAUGGAUAUGUCUCGGGAUCAAUUUGAUUUAAAAGCGUCCGGAAUGCGGGUGGUGUUCAGUAGAAGAACAAAAACAGAAAAAGACUAUGUGAAACCAAAACAAGAAGGGCUUACCGUGCACUUCACAGCCAAAUCUAUAUCGCUAGCUGUUGUGGUGAAAGGUUUAUUCAAUGACCCAUGGGAGCACAUGAUACUUUCCUUCCAAACCGAGGAAUUUUUAUUCUGGUUAAUGAUUGAAAAGGCAAUAUCAGCACGUAUACAAAUUCAGGAUAUUAACCUGCUUUUUCCAAGUGAAAAUAUUAAGUGUUUGGCCUCUUUCUUCCAACGUCUAGAUGCUUUUACCAGUUCGAUUUCUAACUCCAUGGCUACUAUAACGCACCGAAGAAGGCUGCAUACGCUGAUUUACCACCUUACCAAGUUUGGCUCCAGGACUCCUGACCCUCAGUUUCUGACCAGGCCAUCGUACGUGCUACGAGCGGCUGAAGAGCAUUUGCGAGUGCAUGACUCUUGGAAAAUCCUUUCCAGACUCCGCAAUAUCUAUAAAUGCCUACCGCAAGAACAAUUACAGCAACUCACGUCGAAAUGCAUCGACAAUAACUUCUCUUACCCGGCAGAUUGUGAAUCAGUCGUAUUAUCAAAUUUUGAUCAAUGGAGAACUUGGGAUCUUGCUCAUGUUAAGAAGAGCCAUGUGAUGAAUAUGAUCUGGGGCCCAAGCAAAAUAAAGCCAGUUACCGACAAGAUGUUACAAAACAUAUCAGUCUUUGUGAGAUCAUCUCAGCUGUUUCUACAUCCACCCCCAAACGAAGCACUUCUUCUAUUAGAAGACCUAUCGACACAGAUCCAGGUUACAUUUGAUACACAACAAGGCAUCCUACCUACGAAAGGGUUACUUACAGUUGAAAACCGUUGUUCUAAUGCUAUAUUGAAGUUACGGUGGGAGCUUAUCAAAAUUUUCGAGGAAAAUUUGGAUAAUUUUAUGAGUAUCUUCUUGCAGCCUAACAGCUGUGAUGCCCCGUCCAACAUACCCAACAAGAAGAAAGAAACUAAAGAUUUCCAUGUCCUUAUAGUGGUCGAUAAGGCGUCUGCUAUAUUAGAUAGCAUUAACUUAACGGCGUCUUAUUUGGGAGAAGGCCUAAAGAGCUCUAUUGUCUUCACGCAGACCUCUGUAAAUCAACAAGAAAAAUUAAGUAUCCUUUUCGGCUCCGAAACCGCGUUUGCAGAGCUUAGAAGCAGAACAACACGGCUUAUGCUGUGGAGACUUUUUAACUCACAUGCGUUCCUGUCCCAUUCUUUCACCAAAGUGGACUCUCAUGAAAUCCAUGAAUGGAAAUGCCACGCUAAAUGCCGCAGUCUACAAUAUGACAUGAUUGAAGAUCCUCUCGGGUUGAUACAGGUUGCUGAUCGCUUUCUGGAAGACGAAGUGAAAGGUAUCUUGGGUAUUGUCACAAACCUUGAUGCGAAAAGUAAAUCGAAAGAAAGAAUUGCUAAACCGGAUGUUCAUCGAUUCUAUAUGACUGCUUUCUUGGAUGACUAUGAGCUUCGCUUCUUAUUACUUCCGUCUAUUACGUACUGGAUGUCUGGAGGUGUUGUCAGGUUAUCCCUUUCCCCGAAAACAACUUCUUCGUUUCAGAUCGAUUUUGAUAUCAAAAACAAUACUCAUACUCUUCAGUCUAACAAGGAGGGCAGAGAACGCAUCAUCUCAUCCCUUGCCAUUCCCCCAAUCAAUGGACGUCUUGUAAAAUUCACCUCGAAUAGCCGAAGUGCGUUUGACAUAUAUUCAACCAUUGAGCUUAUCAAGGUGGAUGCCGAUUCAGUGAGGAAUAUUUUAGGUACCAUUAGAGGGCCAGAAAUAUCUCAUUUUACGUCUGAUUUGCAACAUGAUAUAAAAAUUUUGAAAAGAAACAUUGACGAUCUACUGCGGCAACCGGACCCUGCUCCUGUGGAUUUCAGUCCAACGGAGCCAACACCCAUCUACAGACUGCAACUUACUCUUGCAGGUCUAAGUAUCCAUUCUAGUGCCCCUAGUCUGGGAUCUAAAAACUCAUUUGCUGACAUGGACCUAAACUUUGGUGUUGUUCAGAUUAAUGUUGAAAACACAAACAUUGACGGUUCGCUUCUUGAUUUGCCCCAGCUAGAAGUGAUUCUUUCUCAGAUGAUUUUUGAUGUGAGAAAGCGUGAAAAAGACCAAACCCAGUCAUUUGGAAAGUUGAAGCUAUGCGCCAAAUUAUCUGGUACGUCUAGCAAAAAUGACAGGGGAGAGACCUUGCGAUAUUAUCAUCUAUCAAGUAGAUGCUUUCAUGUCGAUUUAUCCGCAGAGACCGCCUCUGUGAUACUCGACAUUGCCACACAUCUUCAAGAACGGUUCAAAAUGCUUGAUGUGUCCGAGGAAAUCAAACAGCUGCGAAAAUUGCGGCGCAUCAGAUCCCGGGCUAAAGUUCAAGGCUCGCUUGUUCCUGCAAUCAGCGUUGACGGCCCAUCGGAGGGUCUUUUCAACACUAUAUUUUCCGUCGAUCUUCUCAACAUUCAACUUAGCUGGCUGGUGUCGGCAUGCACCGAAAUUCCUCAAGGAAAGGAGACUGAAGACCUUGUUUUUUCUAUCCAGAGAAUCGAGAUAGUUACCGGUAGGCAAAGUGCCGCACGGCUUCGUAUUGAAGGAAUGCAGCUCCAAAUGGUACAUAUGUCGAAAGACAAGAGAAAACGAUCCCAAAACUCUGCGCUUCUUCCAGAAGUGGUGUUCGACGUUGCAUACCUCUCCCUUGGUAACCAAGGUAGGCUCGCCUUCCAGGCCGCCGGAAAAGUCUUGGAUAUUCGGAUGACGUCCGAUUUCAUUCUUCCUGCAAGCAUUCUUCAACGUUCGUUAGCUUCAGCCAGCGAACGUGUUCGAGAAGCCAAGUCUCGAUGGAAUAUAGGCGUGCCCUCUGAGAAAAAGCCGAAAUCCCGCGGCUCUGGUAUUGGCCAGCUAUCGUCGCUCCUGGUUGACGCGGAUUUUGCUGGCGCUGAGGUUAGUUUACAAAGCAGGGAUGGUCACCGUAUUGAAGGUCAUAUUGACCCUUCAAAUUCGAAUGUUCCACAGAGUGGUGCCAAAUAUGGCCAAUACUUCGCGUCCGAUGCAGCAUCUAUCGCAACUUUUCGAGCUCCUGGAGUAGCCGUCAAAGUCCAAUUUGAGGAUGCUGAAGGAAAAGAUCCAACACUAAACGCGGAAAUCAAAGUUGCCGCGUCCACUAAUGUUCUCCAUCCUACUGUAGUACCUCUUAUUACGGAAAUUACAUCAAGUAUUACUGAGGUUGUCGGAGAGUCUGGAAAUGAGACUACUGGAACCCUUGAUGCACCAGUUAGUGAGAAGGGGGCCCAGGCAAAAUCCAUUGAAGCGAAUGACCCUACGACCAUCCUUGGCCGUUGUAAACUCAAUAUCGGUCUUAGGAUUUGCAAGCAGGAAUUCACCCUCAGCUGCCAACCAAUUGCUCGCGUUGCUGCCAGCGCUCGUUUCGAAGAUAGCUAUAUUACGAUAAAUACCGUGCAAUCUGAGGAACAGAGACGAUUUUUCGCGAUCUUGAUGUCUUUUAAUAAGCUGCAAGCUUCCAUCAAGCAUGUUUACUCGAGUGAAUCCACGGCAAAUUUUGAUAUCGAUUCGAUUGUCGUAUCGAUGAUGAAUAGCAAACAUGUUAGCUCCAGCAAUGGCAUUUCGGCUAUUCUUAAGGUUAAUCCCGUAGGACUUCGAAUUAAUGCCAAACAAGUACAGGAUUUCCUUUUGUUUCAAGAGAUAUGGGCGCCACAUAAACGUCCAUCUAAGCCACAAAAGACAAAGCCAUCGCCUACAGAGGCUCAACCUUACAUAGUACAGCAAUAUCAACAAAUGGCGUCAGCGGAAUCGUUCCCAUGGAAUUCUACAAUUUCUAUUGAACAGCUGGAUGUUCAGCUUGACUUGGGUCAGACUCUAGGAAAGUCAGAAUUUAGUAUUAAAAAACUCUGGCUUUCGUCAAAGAAAUCUUCUGAUUGGGAGCAGAACCUCUGCAUUGGUUUCGAUGCCAUCAACGUUCAAAGUUCCGGGCGGUUAAGCGGUUUCGUGAAACUCUCUCAGUUCAAAAUUAGGACGUCUAUUGAAUGGAUAGAUCAUGGGUCCAAUUUAGAAUACCACACUCCUCUCAUCCAGGCUGCUAUCGGGUUUAACCAGUUACAAUCGAAGAUCUCCUUUGAAUACCAGCCAUUUUUGGUGGCAGACAUCACAUCCUUUGAGUUUCUAAUGUAUAACGUUCGCGAUACAGUAGAAUUGCACAAUGAUCGCCUGGUGAGCACCCUCGAUGGAGGAAAAUUCCAGCUCUUCUGCACGACUUUGACGGCUUCCCAAGGUUUGGGUCUCUUCCAAACUCUGCGGCGAUUAGUUCAAGAUAAGCAAGCGGCGUACGAAUCUUCGAUUAAAGAGAUCGAAGCUUUUAUUCAACGAAAGUCCUCCGUGGGUUCAUCUCCCUUAGAUGUACAGCCUGAAUUAGCAGCAGUAACCAACGAGUCGAAUGAAGCGAAAAUGCCCAUAUCUCUCCAAACAAACGUGGUUGUAAAUUUACAAGAAAUAAAAGUUGGCGCAUUUCCGAAUACUUUCCAAGACAAUCAAAUUUUCAAACUCGAAGCUCUAGAUGCUGAGGCACGCUUCUCCGUGGUCAUUCAAGCAGGAAAGAUACACAGUGGUUUGGGACUAACGCUUGGGCAACUCCGUGUGGCUCUCUCCAACGUUAGCCGUCCUACCGAGAUUGUUCUUGAGGAGCUCUCGGCUACUGAUAUCGCUCAUCGUGCGGCUGGUUCACGCGGCGGAACGAUCUUGAAAGUACCGCGACUUGUUGCCAUCAUGGAGACCUGGCAAGUCCCAGCAUCAAAUCAUAUUGAUUACAUUUUCAAGAGUUUCUUCGAAGGCAAGGUUGAUGUUGGCUGGAAUUAUUCACGUAUCGCCUUCAUCCGAGGCAUGUGGGAUACACACUCACGGGCACUGGCAAACCGGCUCGGCAAGCCCCUUCCUCAGGCAGCUGUUCAAAUUACAGGAGAGCCUAAAGGCGAAGACGGGAAGUACAGCGGCCAGGAAAAGAUCACUGCUGUGGUAAACGUCCCACAAUCAAAGUACACAUACACAGCGCUAGAACCCCCAGUGAUUGAAACGCCCCAGCUGCGAGACAUGGGCGAGGCGACCCCACCACUGGAGUGGAUUGGAUUACACAGGGAUAAACUCCCUAAUAUCACGCAUCAGAUUAUUAUUGUGACGUUAAUGGAGGUGGCAAAGGAUGUAGAAGAUGCAUACUCUAAAAUUUUGGGGUCAUAA